AUGACGCAGUUGAGUUGCAAAAUACCCAGUACCGCCACUACAACCAAUUAUUGCACUAAACAGCUACUCAUCAAACUCAACAAUUCACUUGUAAAUUUCACUCGUUCUUGCCAUUACCAAGAUGCUCUCCAUCUCUUCGUCCAACUUCACUCUUCCCAUGAUCUUAAACCUGAUAUCUACACUCUCUCCACAACCCUCACUGCGUGCGCAAAUCUCCGCAAGUCCACCUUCGGUAACCAACUCCAUGCCUACACUAUACGUACCGGCCACAAAUUAUGUUCUCACGUGGCAAAUUCAAUCCUUUCGCUCUAUAAAAACACGCAAGAUUUUGUUUCAGUUAAAAGGGUCUUUAGUGAAAUAGAGAACCCAGAUGUUUAUUCUUGGACGACGUUAUUGUCGGCUUGUACUAAGAUGGGUCAUGUUGGUUAUGCUUGUGAACUGUUUGAUAAAAUGCCUAGUAGAGAAUUGGCGGUUUAUAAUGCGAUGAUAAAUGGGUGUGUGGAAAACGGGCAUGAAGAUAUUGGUAUUAGUUUGUUUAGAGAAAUGCAUAAAUUGGGCAUUAGGCAUGAUAAAUAUAGUUUGGGUAGUGUGUUGAGUGUGUGUGAUAUAGGAUUAGUUGAACUUGGGAGGCAGUUGCAUUCGCUGGUGAUUAAAACUGGGUUUUUGGUUACAGUUUCUGUGGUCAAUGCGUUGAUUACUAUGUACUUCAACUGUGGAAUUGUUGCGGAUGCGAGUAUGGUUUUUGAAGAAGCGAAAAAAUUUGUGUGUGACAAUAUUAGUUUUAAUGUGAUGAUGGGUGGUUUGGUGAGUUUAGGAAGAGUUGAAGAGGCUUUGAUGAUGUUCAGAAAGAUGCUACAGGCUUCUCAUAGGCCCAGUAAACUGACGUUUGUGAGUGUAAUGAGUGCAUGUUUUUGUGUCGGAGUAGGGAGUCAAGUGCAUGCUCAAGCCAUUAAGAAUGGUUUUGAAGCAUUAACUUCUGUGAGCAAUGCAGCAAUAACCAUGUAUUCCACCUGUGGGGAUUUAGAUGCAGCUCAGAUGGUUUUUCAGAGCUUGGAAGAGAAAGAUCUUGUCUCAUGGAAUACUAUGAUAUCAAGCUAUGCUCAAAGGAACCUGGGUAGAAUGGCAAUCUCGGCCUAUCUGAAAAUGGAGAGGGUAGCGGUCAAAUCAGAUGAGUUUACUUUUGGAAGUCUGUUGGCGAGCUCAGAGUUUGAAGAAAUCGUAGAGAUGAUUCAUGCCCUUGUAUUUAGAAAUGGGAUCAUCUCAAAUAUCCAAGUUUCUAACGCAUUGAUUUCUGCAUACUCAAAGCAUGAGCAAAUAAAGCAUGCCUAUCAAAUAUUUCAUGACAUGUCUUAUAGAAAUUUGGUAACCUGGAAUACUAUCAUUUCUGGGUUCCUGUUAAAUUCUUUUCCAGUGCAAGGGUUAGAGCAAUUUUGCAAAUUACUGAUGUCAGAUGCAAGGCCAGAUGUGUAUACCCUCACCAUUGUUUUGAGUAUUUGUGCUAGCCUUUCAUCCUUAAGACAUGGAAAACAGGUUCACGGUUACAUCUUGAGAUACAAUCUUUUCUCAAAGACCUCUUUAGGUAAUGCUCUGAUUUCAAUGUAUACAAAAUGUGGGAAUCUGAAUUGUUCUGUGAGAGUGUUUAAUGAGAUGAUUGAAAAGGAUACUGUCUCUUGGAAUGCCCUAAUCUCUGCAUAUGCACAGCAUGGAGAAGGAAAGGAAGCUAUCAGUUGUUUUGAGGCAAUGCAAGAUGCAGUUGGCCUUAUACCUGACCAUGCCACCUUUACUGCUGUUCUUUCUGCUUGCAGCCAUGCAGGUUUAGUUGAUGAUGGCACUAGGAUAUUCAACUGCAUGGUGAACUACUAUGGCUUUGUUCCUGCAGAAGAUCAUCUAUCUUGUAUGCUUGACCUUCUUGGAAGAGCAGGGUAUCUUGAUGAGGCUGAGAGACUAAUAAAUAAGGAUAUUCAAGUGCCUUCUAGUGUCUGGUGGGCAUUAUUCAGUGCUUGUGCAGCUCACGCUUCAGGUUUAUGGGAAGAAGCUGCGAAUAUAAGGGAACUGUCAAAGAGAACAGGGGUGAUGAAGCAACCUGGUUGCAGCUGGAUUGGGUCAUAAAACCAUGCAAGCUCGAAUCCUGAUAUACUGAAAGUUAAAGAUGCAAGUAUCAGACUGACAAUAAACAUAGUCCAACAUGAAAUGGGAACUGAGAAUUCAACAAAUGACGUGUUGUAUGCUUCCCUAGUUCUGGAAUGGUAGAGCCUAAUGGAUUGAUGCAUAAGCCGAAGUUAUCGUUGAGAACAUAUUGUGGGGAUUUAAAUCCAUUCUAAAGACAGCUUGAGAAGAAUGUUGUAGUCAUUUAGGAGCACUAGUUAUUUGGCAUAUUUGAGAGAGCCACCAAGAUAAAUAAC